AUCACAUUACUUCUAAGUGGCCUCUUCUACAGUUUCUGUUUUGAUUUCAUACUUUGUAUUUCCGUCGUCGUUCUUAUUUGAUACUGUGCAAUUUCACCAGAUUCCGCUCUGUGCUACCGAUUUCAAAACCGGCACCGCGAUCAUUUGUCAGCGCUGCAAAUAUUUAACCAACAAGGAAUAUUUUUAACUGUGAUUUAAAACGAAAUUAUGUCUCAGCGCCCUGAAAUUUCUUUUGUGAACCAACAAGUAGAGGGAACUUUGGAGGUGACAAAGAAUCGAGCGUAUUUUCGAGGGCAAGGUUAUACGAUAGAUAGCAUCACGAAGAGAAGGAUAAAGGAAGAUGUGGUGAUACUGGGUGACUUCAGCAACUACGCUGCGCAUGGUGACCGCGUUCUAGUGGUUAUUCAAGAUCCGAGAAGUUUUCUUCCCAAACUGAAUUUCUACUGGGACGACCUAAGCAGGACAAUUGGGAUUGAAAGUCUGGGGACCGCUUUCGAGAAGCGAGAAAUUAUGGCCUUGCUCAAGAGACCGUAUUCGCAGCUCUUACAACAAGAGCAAAACCGAAACCGAACAAAAAACAGAAUAGUACAGAAUGUUCAACAGAAGUGGAUGGAGAUUAUUCAGUAUCGGUGCAAUUUAAAUGCAUUUCCGGAAUACAUGUUUCAAAAGGUCGGAGAGAUUGUCGACGUAAUACAACGCGGGUCGGAAGAUGAUUUUCAGUAUGCUGUCGGUCAGCUGCGGAAUUUAAAAAUAAGGAAACCAGAUUAUUAUAAACUGGAGCGAACUUGCUUUUCUACGCCGCGGAAAGAGGAAGAUAUACACCGCGACGUGAUCGAACCAGAUCUGUUAAAGCAUAUCAAAAAAUCGCUGGUUUUUGUGGAGUUGCGAAUACAACACGGCAUACAACAUUGCCGUAUCACUGAUUUGGGUCAUAGCGAUGAUUUUCAAACUUGGAAGAUGGCUAUCAUGCUGGAAAACAACAUAAGUACAGAAAUCUUCGAUUACUCGGAGCCCGAACCACUGGAUCCAUUCAUCGAUACUGACCGCCUGGAUCUGACGAAUCUGUUGACUUUCACCAUCGACCCGCCAAACGCCGCCGACAAUUAUGAUGCUGUCUCAUGCGAGCUACGAAACGGAAUUUAUCGUGUGGGUGUCCAUAUUGCUGAUGUCAGUGCUUACAUCGCAAAAAAAUCUGAGCUGGAUCGGGAUGCUUCGGCUCGGGGCACGACUGUAUACCUGCAAAACGAAACGGUACCCAUGCUGCCGGCAGAAUUGGUGGAAAAGUGCUUGCUUCUUGCCGGAAAGGACCGACGCACGAUAUCGAUCAUUUUCGAUAUCACAUCAAACGGAAGAAUAAUAAAGCAAUCAGGGUUUUUCAAGUCGCGAAUUCGUAGUCGUGCAGAUUUGACGUACGAGGACGCGCAGGAUAUUAUCGAUGGAAAAAUAUGGCAAAAUGACAUGCAACUUACAAGAAGCGUCCGCAACUUGAAAACCAUUACCCCUGUUCUAAGACACAUUCGAUGGGAAAAAGAUCAGCCUAUAAGCAUGGGUGAAUGUAAACCAGUGCAACUGUGGGACUUUCGGCCGACUGAGGAAACAAAAACGGAAAUGAAACAGAAACUCCAGUAUGAUAGCCAAGAAAUAAUAGCAGAACUGGCCUUACUGACCAAUCGCACGGCGGCAGAGAAGAUUUUCAAGAAAUACCCCAAUCAAUGUUUGCUGCGACGCCAUGGGGAACCGUUUACUGAUGCACUGCAGCUCGCUGCCAAAAACUGCGGAUUUGAUAACGUUCAUACUCCGCUGUCUCGAGGCGACAUUCGCCCCUUGUUAGAGCAGUGUCGGUCUCAUCCAAUCAGCGAAGCGGCACUCAAAGCCAUGGUCGUCAAAGCGAUGCAGAGUGCUCAGUAUGUGAAUCCCGCAGAUGAGGACAGCUUCCAUUACGCCCUCGGUAUGGAACAUUAUACGCAUAUGACGUCUCCUAUUCGUCGGUAUGCCGACAUUGUUGUUCACCGUAUGCUGCUUGGUCAAGAGUACAGUCGUCAUGAGCUCCAGCUCAUUAUUGACCGUUGUAACAACCGCAAGGAUGCCGCAAAAUGCUCUGCCAAUGAUAACUGGAACCUUUACAUGGGGGACUAUAUUAAAAACAAUCCCGCCUUCGCCCAGCAAUCGCAUCGGGCAGUGAUAACCGGCAUCCUUCCGGCUGAGUUUGCCAUGGAGGUGUUUGUCAUUGAUUAUGCAAUACGUAAGAAGACAUAUGUGUCAUCCAGAAAAGAUAAGCGCAUAGCCAACUGUUUGCAUGCGCUGUCUGCCGAUAAUGGUGGUCCAAGGUGGAAUCAGUUUAUUAUUACGUGGAAGAAAGACGACCAAUCGGAAGUACCACCAGAACGAGCAUCUGAGGAAAACAAUGCAGAAACUCUGGAAGUGUGGGACGUGGUGAGUGUCAAAUUCGAGGCAUCCACUGGGAUCGAUCCCCGCGAAUUCUCGGUUGUUUUCGCCGGCAAGGGAACCUAGUACAACAUCAAGAAUAAUGUAACUUCCCAAAAGCCAUUCCUUACAGUUCGUGCCAUGCCUAUGCAUCGAUUCAGUGGUCCGGAAAUUCCAGUGCUUGGCUUCCUUAGCACCUACGCCAAUGAUUGCAUGUAAUCUGAUUUCUACUGGCUUAAUGCAGAUUUGAUAUGCUGCUACCGAUUCGAAUCGAAUUCAUUUUGUUACUCGUGCAAUUUCAGGGUUUUAGACAACUAAAAUACAGUGUUAGAAUAUCUUUGUUUGCAGCGUUUACGUGACCAUAUAUUUGCUUCUACAACCGCCUA